UUUGUUUAAUGUAUUCUUGUUUAUUUGGUUCUCCCUAGCCUUUGUUCCUGGUUCGGUUAUUAUCUUUAGAAUGACGCCGCCAACAGUGAAUGGAUUCCUAAGUUCUCUAGGUCGAGUCUGAUACUCUGUUCUUCUUCUUCUUUUUUUUUUUUUUUUUUUUUUUCCCUUCCUAAUCACUCCUGGAGCCAAAGCCAUAUGGAGUUGCCAGAACCGCAAUCAACAGCUCGUUUCAUCCUUGGCAAGCAGUCUUCACUGAAGCCGGAAAGAGGGUGUUCGUCUUCGUCGCCUCUGCCAGCGGAGAAUGAAGAAGAAGAGGCGAUCAUAGACCCGAGGGUUCGGUUAAUGUAUUUAGCUAAUGAGAGAGACAUAGAGGGGAUUAAGGAGCUCUUGGACUCAGGUAUCAAUGUUAAUUUUGAAGAUAUAGAUGGACGCACAGCUUUGCAUGUCGCUGCUUGUCAGGGCUUCUCCGACGUCGUUCAGUUACUGCUCGAUAGAGGAGCUGCGGUUGACACCGAGGACCGCUGGGGCAGCACUCCUCUUGCUGAUGCUAUUUAUUACAAAAAUCAUGACGUGAUAAAGCUUCUAGAGAAACAUGGUGCAAAACCCCCGAUAGCUCCAAUGCAUGUACAAAAUGCUCGUGAAGUUCCUGAGUAUGAGAUUGAUCCUAGAGAACUUGAUUUUUCUAACAGUGUUCAUAUAACAAAGGGAACCUUUCGCAUUGCAUCAUGGCGUGGAAUUCAAGUUGCUGUUAAGACACUUGGAGAGGAAGUCCUUACUGACGAGGAUAAAGUCAAGGGUUUUAGGGAUGAGCUUGCAUUACUUCAAAAGAUUCGUCAUCCAAAUGUUGUUCAGUUCCUGGGUGCUGUAACGCAAAGCAGUCCUAUGAUGAUUGUCACAGAAUAUUUACCUAAGUGUGAUCUUUGUGCUUAUUUGAAGCAAAAAGGUGCAUUAAAGCCAAGAGUAGCUGUGAAGUUUGCUCUUGAUAUUGCUAGGGGAAUGAACUACUUGCAUGAGCAUAAACCUGAGGCAAUAAUUCAUAGAGAUCUUGAGCCUUCAAAUAUACUGCGGGAUGAUUCUGGGCAUCUGAAAGUUGCAGACUUUGGAAUUAGCAAGCUUCUUAAAGUUACAAAAACAGUUAAGGAAGACAGACCAUCUCAAGACACUUCUUGGCGAUAUGUGGCUCCAGAGGUUUACAGAAAUGAAGAAUACGACACUAAAGUAGAUGUAUUUUCGUUUGCUUUAAUAUUACAAGAGAUGAUUGAAGGCUGUCCUCCAUUUUCAACAAGGCAAGAUUUUGAAGUUCCUAAAGCAUAUGCUGCAAAUGAACGGCCACCAUUUAGAGCUCUGGCAAAGCGAUAUCCACAUGGACUAAAGGAGCUAAUAGAGGAAUGCUGGAGCGCGGAGCCAUAUAAAAGACCAUCGUUCAGGGAAAUUAUAACGAGGUUGGAUAACAUAAACAACCGAAUUGCUCAGAAGAAUAGAUGGAAUGUUGGACCGCUUAAUUGUCUUCGUAGCUUCGAAGCCAUGCUGAAGAGGGAUCGUCUAAAUCCAAGCAGCUAUUCAUCUCGAACUAUAAGCAGAUGACAAAAAAAUUAGCCUCAAUAUAUAGAGAAUUUAGUUUUUGUUGUAUCGAGCUCUGUUUUUUUCUGUCCCUUUUAUUGUUAUGAAAUAAUAAAACUCUCAUUCUAAUUGAUGAAAAUCUUCAUGAUAAUAGGGGAGCUUGCACGUCUUGGUUUUAGAUCUUUUUUAAUUAAUUAAUUAAUUAAUUUGGCUUUUGUAUUUCA